CGCGCUUGGCAAUUCCCUCCCGGGCUGUCGCGACCAUUUUAAACUUUAUCAUUUAUUUUCUUUUUGUUUAAUUUUUUUAACCCUUUUCUUUCUGGCGCGCUUGUCUUAUUAUUGUGAUGAUGAUGAUGAUGAUAAUUAUUCGAAAGCGGCUAUUGAUAAUGGACAGACCACACUGGUCACCGAGAGACAAUCAUGGGCGAAAACAGAAUUGGACUACGAGUCCCCGCCCUCGUCCCCUCCCCCCUCCUCCCGUCUUUGACCCCAUGCAGGGACCGAUGGAAUCACGUUCUAUGGUUGGUGUGAAAACAACCCCGAAACCAGAAAAAAAAAAAAGAAAAAGAAAAAGAAAAAGGCUCGUACAUAAUGGUCUUACGUAGUCGGGAUCAAUAGGCAGUGAGAUGGCUGGUUAGGAUGAUGCGUUUGGUUGGUUUGUUACGUGGACAACAGCACCCUAGCAGCAAAAGGUGGC